GACGGGCCGCGUUCAAUUUCCGGUGUGAGUGUUUUCAGGUUGUCGUGAUGGUGUGGGAGUCGUCUGAUCUAUUUUGUCAGACGGUGCCAGACUUAUAAAGGGCGACAAAUAAGUCUAAAACAAACCUCCCUAAAAAAGUCAAAAAGCUUAAUUCUCGAGGAAAGGGGAGGGAUAGAUCGUAAAGAAGAGAAAUUAUUUCCCUAGUUUAUGAUGAAAACUUCCAUUUACAAUAUAUUGAAGGAACUAGCCAUUAGCCUCUUGUGAAAAUAUUUGGAAUCAUUUUUUUUUUCGCUUGUCCAUUGGAAGAAAUAAAAUUCAGAGGUGACUAUUAGGACCAUUGCUCUUCUGAUAGCAGAUACUGGACAAUCUUGUUAUCAAAGAAAUAAGGAUUUAAAAAAAGAAUGAAGAGUUAAUGCCCUUACCCGCUCCUUCCGAUGGGAAUCUCUUCCACCAUAGGGUGUGCUUUCAAGAAAGGAAAGAGGGCCAGCGGUGGAAGUGUCUUGACGCAAUGACCAGCAAGCCGGCGUCACCCAAAGCUAGAGGCACCGUUGACCGGCAUCCCCACCUUGGACCAGCACUUCUGCUAAUGAUCGGGCUGUGUCGCUUCAGGAUUGUUUUUAGUGGUCACGUCUGCUCCAGUUCAGCUGUAGGACACAGCGGGAAAAAAUAUUAAUUAUUUUUAAUUUACACUUUUUUUAAUUCAUGGUCAUCCGAAAUCAUUUCAAACUCAAAUACUAAGUACUAACAACUGAUUGCGGUCAAACCUUUGUCACUUGCCAUUCAGGAUGCUGCAACGAACUGUAAGGAUAACUUUCGUGAGAAUAGACACGCUUUUACAAAUGGCUACUUUCACGAUUAUUGUGUGGUUGCUCAUGUCUGUGCUGGUUACGUCACAGAAAAUGAAACCAACAACCAAGGAGGAUAAAGAGUUCGAUGAUGAACUGAAUAUCACCUCGAAAGAGAAGAUACUUAUCAAGCGGCUGAUAGAAAGAUACGCUCGCAUGGGAAAGGAAGGUCGGCCAGUUGUCAACACGUCUGACGCUGUCAGGGUCGACUUUGGACUGUCACUUAUUCAGAUUCUUGAUGUGGACAUCAAAGAUCAAGUUCUCAAGACAAAUGUCUGGUAUGAAUAUACUUGGACGGACGUGUUACUACGCUGGGACAUAGAACACUAUGACAACAUCACUGAUGUUCGGAUACCGUCAGAACAUGUUUGGCUUCCUGACAUACUUCUGUACAAUUUCGCCGACGACCGACUCAAGGAACAGCGAAACGCUCUAGUGGUGGUACAGCACGACGGCUCAGUGCUGUGGAUGCCCCAGGCCAUCCUCCGGAGUUCCUGUGCGUUUGACACUCUCUACUUCCCUUUUGACGAGCAGACGUGUGUCCUGAAGUUCGGCUCCUGGACGUACAAUGGCUUUAAACUUGAUAUACAUUUUAAACCUGGUCGACAAAGUUUUGACCUAAUGGAUUAUAUAGAAAACAACGAAUGGUCUAUUAUAGAGAACUCAGGUUAUCGUAACAUCAAGACCUACACCUGCUGUCCAGAGCCUUACCCGGACCUGAAGUUUAAACUAGUCCUCAGACGUCGUGUGGCCUUCUAUACCUUUAUACUCAUCAUGCCAUGUGCGUUACUGUCACUGCUCACAAUGGUCAUAUUCUGGGUACCACCGGAAUCACCUGCUAAACUAACAUUAGGUAUGAAUAUAUUUUUGGCAUUUUUCGUGUUGCUUUUGUUAUUAGCGGAGUCUACGCCUAAAGCCGCCUCAACUAUACCACUCAUAGGUGCUUAUUUUUGCAUGAAUAUGAUAAUGAUCACUUUAUCCGAGGUGCUAGCCUGCGUUGUGGCCAACAUGCACUUCAGAGGAGUCAGAAUCAAUAGGGUGCCUAAGUGUCUCAGAGUGUUCAUGAUCAACUUUAUGGCCAGAGUGCUCUGCGUACGGGAUCAACUUUUUGAGAAGGAGGCCAAUCCAGUCGUGGCCACUGGGCAACCAAAGAAACGCUGGACGGCGGGCCGGGUAGGUGGGGAGACCAGCAGACCACAGUAUCCUUAUACCGACAUUUCUUUUGCUCAGGUUCGUCUGCUGGACAAUGGUGCUGAGAAACGUUUACAAGAUCAGGGAGUAGAUGGGGGAGAAUGUCGUGGAGGUGGCAUGGACAGCCGGGGCGUGCCUGGAUUUGCUUUCCCGCCAAUUGGUGACGAGUACCUCUCACACAGCCAGUCUUCAGCACAGGUUCUGGAAGAGCUCAAAGCCAUACGCGAGAUGCUGGAGAAGGUAAGAGAGAAGAAAGCGCGUGCCGAGGAGAAGGACAAGGUCGUCCACGAGUGGAGAAUGGUGGGCCUGGUGACUGAUCGAAUCAUCUUCUGCUUCUAUCUAGUAACAAACUGUAUUGGUCUAAUGGUCAUCUUUGUAUGGCAAAUUAAGAGAGACCCGCCCUAUCUCAAAGGCUUUGCGGAAAUGUAGUAUUUCGCCUAGAGAUAAGGUUUGUGUUCAAGUCUCAAAAUUCCCGAGAUGCCAAAGAAAUGACAAGUUCCGUGUGCUUGCGAUGGCGCCCCAAAAAGUCUGCUAGAAGUAUGUAUGUGAAUCUUCCAGUGACAUGUUUAUUUCUAAUGGAUUACAGAUUAUUGUUGUGCAUGUGGUGAUAUAAGAUAAGAUUGAAUUAUAUUUCGUUUUCCAAGAAAUACGUUACUUGUAGAAUACUUGGAAAUGUGAUGUCCAAUUAAACGCUGAGGCUUUCAAAAGAAUGCACACAGAUCUUUCAGCACUAAAUAUACAGCUUUUUAGUUGAGUUAAUAAGCACAUUGUGUUCAUACAUGAUGUAUUGAUACAUGAUGUGUUGACAGUGUUGAUAUGUGUUGAACUAUGAUGCGUUGAUAUUUGAAAUGUUGCUAUGACUCGCUGAUAUAUGAUGUGUCAAUGUAGGAUGCGUGGAAAACUGAUAUGUUAAUAUAAAUGUUUAUCCCUUUUAUUUUUCCUUUCUCCAGUUCAUGUAAAACGUUCUAUAAACUUGUCUAUGAACGAUCUUCUUCAUUAUUCUGAUUGCCUCGUUCUCAAACUGACCAGCACUUACAGGAGAAGGGUUUGGGUUAAGCUCAAUAAGUGGCCGUGUUCUACUGUUUCCUUCUCACAUUAAGUAAUUAUCAACGCUACAGCCUUUAUUAUUAUUUGUAUUUGAUCCAUACAAUUUUAAUCAGUCAAAUCCUGCUAUUUCCACUAAUUUCAGGUUAGUAUCAAAUAAAUGUAUAUGUUUUGUAAAGGUAUGUAAUAUGAGUCCAACGUCAAGAUUUUUUUUAACUUAAGCUAUAAAUAGCUAUUAGUAAACAUGACAGGUAACAAAUAAAAAAAAAACACUAAGGGGCCGAGGUGAUUGAUAGAAGAUGGAAAGGAAAAUUUGGCGAAACAUGGAUAAGGUCCGAGAAGGGCUCGAUGCACCAACCCCGAAACGACCCCUAGCAGUGACCAGAUUCUGAACCCGGAGUUUAGGUUUGGCGAUACGGACCGUCUCAGUGUAAGUGGUUUGAAGAGUUUGAACCCGGAGUUUAGGUUUGGCGAUACAGACCGUCUCAAUGUACGUGGUCUGAACCCGGAGUUUAGGUUUCGCCAUAUUUCCUUCGUCUUUUCUCUCCAUAAACGUGACACACUGAUGUGACACUGCUGUUCUUAUAAUUCGCUACAUGUCAAUAAGUUCAGCUGAACAGCGAGUUGUGGAAUUCCACUCUUUAGGCUGUUGGAUAUUGGACAUGGGCAUUCCAAGGAAAAUGUGUUUCUGAACAAGUCAAUGUCCAAUCACUCGGUAUUGACAUAUUUCUCGCUAUGAAAAAAAAACGCCUCUACCUAUUUCAUUACGGUAAAUUUCUAAUUUAAUGAUUAUCUAAGCGUCUUCGAUCACCAUCCUACCUACUUAUGUAUUUUGGGUGUGACUGUGUUUUUAGAGCUCUAAUUGUGUGUUAUUUCAGUUUAAAAUUUUAUACAAAUUAUUAUUAUGCUUUUUUUUUUUAAAAUCUGUAUUACUUCCUAUAACAAUGUCAUUCGAUGUAUUAUCAUGUUAUAUGUGUAUAACAUAACUAGAAACCAUAUCUUCUUUACUUCAAUUUAAUAUAAAAAUAUUCAAAAUAUAUUUGAUGAAAAAGAAACAAUUGUUAGAUAUACAUUGAAGAUGACUUUCCUUUUUUUUAAUUAUGUUAUUGAAUUACAUUUUAACCCUCAGCUAGUAUGUAGCUAUUUUUGUUUUCUUGUAGUUUUUUUUACCAUUAUUAUUUUUGAACUAAUUUUUGAUUGUGUUAUAUUGGAAGAUGAAUGAUGCCGGCGUGUAUGCGAACAGUGUCAAGGUUGUGUCUAGCGCGCUGCUGUUCGUAACUCUGGAGCAUCUCUUUUAGUACUAGAUGUUGUCCUGUCUACCUUAGGAUGGCGUCACACUUCAAUGAUUCCUUUCAACGAGUUUGUUGGCUUCCGUCACUUGUAGAACGACUAAGUUCCAACUCCUAGGGAUGAGAUCAAAGCUUGAGAAGUAGCUCUGGUUGCAACAUUGUCGCACUCACAGCAGUUCCCCCAUACCUCCCCCCUCACCCCCGCUCGCAGCUGUUGGAUCCAAAGGAAGAGCAAAUAACUAACUUUAGCUGCGACGCAUGUUCUGCCAGAACGUAGUAUAUGUUCAAAAAGAUAAUCAAGGGUCAAUGGUUGAUUUUUUUUUUAUCAGAGUAGACUCCCGAAGCUUUUCCUAUGUCUGUGUUUAGCCGCAAGGCAGUAGAGUCUUCCUUCUCUUAGGUGGAUAGCCUACUAAGCUACUAAGCCUAACGAGUCAUUCCAAUAGCCUUUUUCUUCUGUAGUUGGUCUCAGUAAAUCUUAAGGCAUUUGUUUAAAUGUUACUCAGUACACCACAGUAUUUUUCUGAUCCGCUUGUCAACAAAGAACAGUCCAGGCAUUAACGUAACUGUUCUUGAUGGCUCGCUUGUCAUUGCUGUCGUCUCUUGUAACUGAUUCACUGCCGAGUUGGUAAUAUUUGUGACAGAGAAAUAUCUUUCUUUUUUCAUAUUUUUUUCACAAACACGCUUUAUUUGAAUUUGAUUAUUUUUAUGUAUUUUUUUUUCUAAUUAAAAGUUUGUCUGAUCAAUUUAGCACAUAGUUCUUAUUUAGGGAUCAUGCACGUAUUUUUCUUUUAAUAUCUAGCACAUAUUUCUUAUUUAUAAAUUAGAACAUAUUUAUUAUUUCUAGAUUUAGCACAGAUUUAAUAUUUCUAGAUUUAGCACAAAUGUAUUAGUUCUAGAUCUAGCAUAUUUUGAGCUAGCGAUCUAACAAUUUUCGUUUCUAGAUUUAGCUUAUAUGUGUGUUGUUCUUUUCUUUCAACGUUUCACUCAAGUUAUUAUACUUAUAAGAGAUGCAUCUCUCUCUCUUGUAUUGUGAAUCUCUAGUUGUCCACUUAAACGGUAAUUCCGGGUAUCAGGCAGCUCAUCACAACGCUACGUAUUUGAUGGUGUGUCUUGUCAAUGGCAAUUCUGGUCUGUCACUGGCAGACGUCAGUAGGCUUACGGUCACAGUGUUGCUGUCUCGACAGAAGCAUGACAAUAUCUGAAUUGUCUUCUGAGGACACCAUCAAAUAUUUCUUUUUUAUUUUUUUUCAUCCAAUUAUAUAUGUUUAUGUUAAUUAUAUAUAUAUAUAGAUAGAUAUAUAUCUUAGAAUUAUAUAACAGACAAAAAUAUAUUUAAAAAAAAACAAUUUUAAUAAAUUUAAUAAUUUUCUUUUUGUUUUGUUGUUUGACAUAAACUAUGGUGCGUUAUAACUCGAAUCUCUUGUAUUUGUGAAGAAUUGAAGUUUAUCUUGUUUCAUUCGUUCUUAUGAAGAACUCACUACUCGCCCACAGUUCAUGAAGUCUAGCAGUUCUAAGGAAAAGUUUGUAUUUGAUUUUUGGCUUUCAUCUUAUUUUGUCGAAGUGUUCGGUUAGUCAAUGGAUCUCUUUUAAUGCUAGUGUGUUAGAUUUUAUUAGAUUUUAAGUUUUAGAGAAUUUUUCGGGAACAAGUUUUUUUUAGGUCUGUUUAAUGAUUUGAGGUUUACUACUUGGGUCAGGAUUAACAACAUUGCAGUUAAUGUAGCCGACGAGCCCCUCACUCUCAAUGUGGGAGAGCCUCCUCGAACUAAAAAAUGUGAUUUAAAAAAAAAUAAAUAUACCAAAACUAAAAAAAUGUGUGUGUCAGUACUUUAGCAUUAAAUGCAUUUUCUUUAAAGAGUUCAUAAAAGUGAACUGUCCCUAGCCUCCAAGUACUUAUAUCCAGCCUUGUAUUGAAUGAGACUAAGGAUUAUGGAAGAGGGAGGUAAUUUUAGUGGCUAUUCAUGCGCCUUCAUUGACCUACAUAUUUUGUGAUGCCAUAAUGUCGCCUGUGUCUACGUUGCAACUUUCAUAUUGGAUUGCACAAUUGAAACAAUAAAUGCAGCCCAAAAAUAAAUUGUUUAGUCUGUGUAGUAAUAGACAAUUUAACCUGAACAUUAAUUUAAGAGUAAGUGAACUAGAGUUCAGAGUGAAAGUUCAGAAUGGCAUUACAUUGUAAUUUUGUUUCGUCUCGGUUUGUUGGUUUCAACUUCAUCACUUCUACGUCUUCCCACACUUUUAAUUGCUUCCCUUUGUUCUAGUUCCUGUAGGAAAACGUUUUUGGAGGUUAUUCUCUCCUAUGUUCUCUGUUCUAUGUUCUAUGAUGAAGCUGAUAACACCGGAGUUGAAUAUUUAAAUAUAUUCUCGGAUGUGUGUGUGUGUGUGUGUGUUUGCUAGUGUGUGAACGAAACCACUCGUUAUUGAAGGUCUGAACUGACCUGUAACGUCACAACCUGUGGGCAACUUAGACCAAUACCUCCUUGCCGCGUCACAGAUCUGUAUUACGUGGCAACGAGCUAUUGAUCUAAACUGCCCACAACCUGCGACGUUGUAUGUCAGUGUUUAGGCCUUCCAAAACGAAUGGUCUCGGUGUGAACCACGUCUCUCAAAAAAAGUUUAACUUGUACACUUUCUAUGAAAUGUUUCUUGACUUAUAAUGUUAGUACGCAAGUAAUGAGAGAAGGAAUGAAAGGGAAAACAGUGAGAAAGAGACUUCAUGAAUGAGACACGUAUCAACUCAAUGUUCCUGCUACCAUUCUAUCCCCACCGCGUAUAAGUCUACCACUCAGUAGGACUGACCAUUCUCUUAUCAUUUCUUAGUUUUGAAACAAAAUGUCUCGACACAGUGAAACGCUGGUCUACACCCCACACCAACCUAUCUCUAGUGUUUUUCAGACUUUUUAAAGCAGAGUUUAGUCUUAUUUCAAGACACUUAUAAGACGUACCACAACGGUCAAACAAAAAAAAAAUUGUAAAAAAGAGAUACUCAGACUUUGCUCGGCGAAUAUUUUUCCCUAAAAUUAGAUAAUCCCUUUAAUUCAUUGCAGUAGAUUUUUUUUCUAAAGCAAUAGUUACUAUUUUCUAGUUUUAGCCUUAUGGACGACAUAGCUUCCUUUUGAUUAUCAACAUAUAUAUAUUUAUAUCAAAGAGAGGCAUAGGUGUAGCCAGGAUUUUUUUCGGGGGGGAUUCCCCCCGCCCCCCCCCCCCCCGGCGGAAAAAAAAAUAUAUAUGUGUGUUUGUGUGUGUGUACAUAAUUAAUCUUUAUUACAUUCUGACCCUUUCGGAAGACGUUUAUUGUUUAUUGUAGACUCCCCGACUAUUUCUGGUAUUGAAAGACAACAAAAUUGAUAUUCUGAGGUAUCUACAGUGCAUUAUCUUGCUAUUAAAAAGUUUUAUUUCAAAAACCUAAUGUGCUAUUCUUACCGUUCGGCACAUUAUCUGUUGAGGGGUUUUAAACUAAAAAAUCAAUGGAGUUUUUUUUGUUUUUUUUUAAUUCAAAACCCCAUUUAGCUACGAUCAUAGAAUUUGGUGACUGUAGUUUUCUUUAAAAUAAUAUUGAAGAGAGAGGUUUUCAACUCUAAACGCUCUGUAGGGGAAUUUUAAACUCAAAACCAUCUGGAGGGGUUUUAAACUUUAAAGAAAAAGCCACCUGGAGGAUUGGGAUUUAAACUCAAAACCCCUUUGGCUACGCUCAUAGAUUUUAUAGUGUGUAAUUUGCUUUUUUUUAUAUUGAAGAGGGGGUUUAUCGUACAUUUUGGAGGGGGUUUUAAAAUCAAAAUCUUCCUUAACUGUGCAGUUGGAAUUUGGGGAUUGUUGUUUGCAUUUUUUUGUUUUGUUUUAUAGAAGAGGGGGAUUUAACUGCAAAAACCUCUGGUAGGGGGUUUUAAAACUUAAAACACCCUGUAGAGGGUUUUAAACUCAAAGCCCAUGGUAGGGGGUUUUAAACCCCCUGGUAAAGGGAUUUGUAUCUCAAAACCCCUUGAUAGGUUUUUUUAAAAUCUCUAAACCCCCUGGUAUGGGUUUCAAACUCAAAACCCCCUCGGCUGUGCUGUGGUAAGUGAUGAUUUAGUAAUAAAAUCUCACCUAAAAUAAACAAAAUGAAAGCAAAAAUCAGUCACUUAAUUCCGUUCCCCCUCCCCUGCGAGGGGGGGGAUUUCAUUUCGGAGGGGGGGGGGGUGAACCCCAACCCCCCCCCCCUGGCUACGCCCAUGAGGAGAGGCCACGUCAAAUGAAAGAUAUAAUUUGUAGUACAUAGUACACUGUUUCUAAACGUUUGGUCUCUUCGAUCCGCUCAAAGUAUGUAAAUACAUCUAGACGACAAUAAAAUAAAGCAAAUGUCUGACUUGGCUCUUGUAUCUUACUGAGGAGAUCUUCUAAACGAGGGAAACAUUGUUAGUCAGAUAGUGAGUCUGUUUUAUUUCUACCUCCCCCCUUCAUCAAAUGACUGUUGACCCAGUGAUAUUGGAUCAAACUGUUGGGUCCGUGUCUCUAGCAGUGGCCAUUAUUUCACCGACUUUUCUUCAAAACUAGAAAUAUGUUGGCAUGGAGGAGCUGAAACGUUUUUGUUGAAUGUUCAUGUAUAGUUGGAUUAUAUCAAGAUGUUGGAUUAUAUCAAGAUGUAAAAAAAUAAUUAAAAUGUUAAUUGUCAGUUUAAUGGGUAAUUUUUUUUACUGUAACACGACCGGACACAUUUUUACAACUGUUAUUGUCAUUGCUAUGGUGACCAUAUCGAGUGUGCUCAUUGUACUUUCUACAACGUAAAUAUACAAACGAAUCAAUGUUGCUGUGGUUGUAUUCUUAUUGCAUAUUUAAACAUUUACUUUCAUUUUAACUCCAUAAACAUAAAUUACGAAUGCAUUUUCAUGUGUGUAUAAAAUAAUUAAAUCGUUUAAAUUAAUUAUUUCUUUAAAUUUUUAACCCCAUUUAAUUUAUGUAAUGACUGUUGUUGUGUGUGUGUGUGUUCAUCUAUGAUCAAAGUAUUUGCAUAUUUGUAUAAAAUCAUUCUUGUGACUAACUUCUCGUAGUUAUACAAGUCUUGGUUUCUCUAUUACACUGCAGUUACUCACUUUUUUUUCGAAGGAUUAUAAGAACUGUUUUUGUAUCCAAAAAAAAAAGCAAAAAAAAAAAAAGGUCACUUGUAUUGGCUAUUCAAACAAAAACAUAAAUUUGUUACUAGUGCUGGCUGUCUAAGCUACGGAGGGUAACCAGAUAAACUUCAUUAGAAUGUCAACACCAACAUGAAUGUUGGAAUUAUUUUGGUAAUAGAAAUUUACAUAUAGUAAUUGAAGUGUUAUUUGCCUACUUAUUUGAGAGGAAAAAAAAUUAAACCAAAGAAAACAACUUUAGGCCGCCAUUAAAAGAAAAUACUUACAAUGUGAACCAAUCCACACAACUGCACAAUUGAGGCGAUGACUAUCAGUUAAAAUGACAUUCGGGUAUGUGUAACCAUUUAAUUUAUUGAAAAAUCUGGGGGACGCAAACUGUGAUAUUAGGUCUGUAUGGUCUCAUUCAGUCAUUGCUAGUUAUUUUUACUAUUCAUUUUGUACCAAGUUUUUGUCUUGCUACAUUUUGUGUGUAUGUCUGUCUAGUCUGUUACUUGGACAAACAAAAACUAUCAGCCGUUCUAAAAGUUUUUUAGUUGUACAAUUUAUGCCAUCUAGUGUUUUAAAUGCUGAAAAGGUUAAGGUGAUACGAAUGUUAUUAUGUAUAUAAGUCCUGCAUUGUAUUUUGAUUUAAUGAAGUAAAUCUGAUAUUGUAUGCUAUUUCUAAUUUUAUCAUAUUAUUGUGAGUUUCAACUGCGGGAUGAGGGGGGGGGGGGUAUUUGAUCUACUGAAACAUUUAUGUUUAUGCACAAAUUUAAUGAACAAACAGAUUAGUGACUUAUGUAUAAAUUAUCAUGCUUACGUUUUAGUUUCGUUUAUGUACAAAAAUACUCUCCUGUGGUGGGGGGGGGGGCUGUGGCUGAGUGGUUAAUCACUUGGGGUCCUGGGUUCAAAUCUCUGUAAAGACUGGAAUAUUUAUCCUUGGAAUUUUCAGGGUGUCUCUGAGUCCACCCAGCUCUAAUGGAUGCCUGCCUUUAGUUGGGGAAUGUAAAGGCGGUUGAUCGUUGUGCUGGUCACAUGACACCCUGCUCAUUAACCGUUGGCUAAAGAUCGCUAGAUCUGAUAUAUGAUACAAUAUAUAAUCCUGUACAUCUCAGUAAAGUCAAAACACUUAUUUGGUUUGUGAACAUUAAAAUGUCUACACAGUGUAUCGAAUGUUUGAGUUUUGUUUAUGACUAAGAGAUUGUACAAGGUCAUUCUCAUUAUAAGUUUAUUUAACAGAAAAACCAUUAUUGUUUGUCUAUCGUUUUGUUAAGGACUGCAUAAUAUAAACUUAAUUUUCCUUUCGGUCUAAUUAAGCCUACGUAUUGAAUAAAAGAUGUUUGACAA